AUGGCAGAUGACGUGGUGCAAGAAGGAGAAGAAAAGCCAGAAAUUCAGGCCAAGAUAGCGGACGCUGUGCGUUCACGCCUCCAACACUUCAAAGACCAAUCAGACUCAUUGACGUUGGGAAGUGUGAGGAGAUUAUUAGAGAAGGACUUGGGACUGGAAAAGAACUCUCUGGAUGUGCACAAGAGAUUCAUUAGCCAGUACUUGGAAAAGCAAAUGGAAGAUGCUGAUGAUGACAACUCCAAAAGGACGGUGGAGAAUGUGGAGAAGGAUGCCCAUUUAAAUGAGAACGAAGUGAGAGAAUCUCCUAAAGUGCAAAAAACAAAGAAAGAUCCUAAGGCUAGCAAUGGAGAUGAGGAAACACUCAAAGACUCUCCUGUAAUGGGCCUUUUAGACAGCAAAUCUGAAGUGGACAAUCAAGGCUCUGUAAUUAGUGAAAGUAGGAUUAAGAAGGCCAUUUGGGAUAGAGCUGAUCAUUUCACGGCUAAUUCUGAGAAGAUAACUUUGGCUGGAGUUCGCAGACUUUUGGAGGAAGAUCUUGGACUUGAUAAAAAUACUCUCGAUCCUUUUAAGAAGUUAAUAAGUGAGCAAAUAGAUAAGGUAUUAAACUCAAACAGUGUUUCUAAAAUUGCUAAUCAUGUUAAGAGGAAAAGCUCUGAGAACUCUCAAAAUAAAACAUCAAAAAAGAUCAUCAGUGAGACAGGUUCUGAUUCUUCAGAUGAGGAAAGGGACAAAGGAAAAGACAAAGUAAAAUCAAGGAAGCAGGCUGCUCCAAGGGCAAAAGAUAAGAAAUUGGAUGAGCUGAAGAAACGUAAAAGGUCUAACAAAGAUAGCGAUCCCGAUGUCCCUGGCAAGAAUCGAAGCAUGCAUGCAAAGAGGCCAAAAGAAGAAGAUAAUGACGGAAGUGUAUCUGUAGAUGGUCAAUCUCAAUCAUCUGUUGGAAAACCUGCGAAGAGGAAAGAACAGUUGACUCCUGGAUAUGGAAAACAAGUCGACCAUCUGAGAUCUGUAAUUAAAUCAUGCGGAAUGAGCGUUGCUCCUACAGUUUACAAGAAAGCCAAGCAAGUACCUGACAGCAAACGAGAAGCCUUUUUAGUGAAGGAGUUGGAAGGGAUUCUCAAAAGAGAAGGGCUAUCUAGCAAUCCGACUGAGAAAGAAAUUAAAGACUGUAGAAAGAGAAAAGAAAGAGCAAAAGAACUUGAAGGCAUUGACAUGAGCAACAUCAUUUCAAGUUCACGCAGAAGGUCAACAAGCAGUUUUAUGGCUCCUAAAUCUAAAGUAGAGACUAAAGGUGAGAAGGAUGAUGUCAAAGCUAGUAAACACAAGGAUAAUAAGGAAAAAUAUGGCAAUGAUAGUGAUGAACAGGAAGAAACAAAAGUUGGUAAGGAUGAUGUCAAAACUAGUGAACACAAGGAUAACAAGGACAAAGAUGGUGAUGACGGCAAUGAAGAGGAAGAUAAGUUGGAAGAAGAUGAAGAAGGAAAUGAAGAAGAAGAAGAGGAAGACGACGAUGACAAUAGUAGUGAUGAAUUCAAUGAAGACGAUGGCGAAAGCGACUAA